GCUUCUUCACAACUAAAGAGAUGGAAACGUCCUACAUCAAAUGGGACAACUCAGAGCAAGUGAAUGUCUUAAUGGAGGGUCAGAAGAAAGCACAGGAGAAAGGUUUCCAUAUCCAUAUCAUCAAAAGGAAAAUUGUUAUCUACUGUGUUAUACUGGGAAUUGGCUUUUUAUUUAUUAUAGCUCUUCUAUCUCAAAGCCUCAGAAAUGAAUCAGAGAUGUCCAAAGCUAUCAAAAUGAGUCUGCUCGGCAAGUCAUCGGACUCGUCAUCAUCACAGAUGACCCUUAACUUGUCAAAGGAAAUAGCUGGAAUUGGUCAGAAGGUUGUCUUGCUCCAAGAACUGCCGUAUCUCCAGAAAUCUGCAGGUGAUCUGAUGACAACAGGGAACUUGACUCUGUCAAUGGUAAAGAAACUAGAUGAGCAGACUCUGUCUGUGCUGGCUGAGCUGGGAAGAAAGAAUGAUAGAGACCCCAAAGAUGUGAUACAGGAGCUGGAAAAGUUACAGAACUUAACAGCUGCUCAGAUGAGGAAAGAGAACUUGAUUCCUUCUUUGCUAGAGGAAGUGGCAAAGCUGAGAGAAGAAAACAGAAGAAUUGCUGAAGAUGCGACAAAAGUGCUGGAAGAACUACACAACUUGACAGAGCAUUUUUGUACCAAAUGUCCACCCAACUGGGCUUCAUUUGAGAAAAACUGCUACUUCUUCUCAACAUUAAGUGCACCUUGGACAGCUGCGAAGCAGUCAUGUGAAAAUGAAGGGGCUCACCUGGUUAUUAUUAACAAUAGGCCGGAAUUGAAAUUUUUGGUUAACCUCAUAAUGACUGACCGGGUUUUUUGGAUGGGCCUGAGUGAUGCUGGCCAGGAAGGACAGUGGAUCUGGGUGGAUGGCACUCCUCUGACUUUCUCAUCCUGGGGAAAAGGAGAGCCUAACAAUGCUGGUCAUGGUGAGGACUGUGCUACUCUACACUCCAAUGGAAACUGGAAUGAUGCAUUCUGCUCUGGAAAUGAGCUGUGGAUCUGUGAACAGAAGUGCUAGUCAAGCUUCUGUCUAUGCAGAAACUCUUCACAAGCUUGGGAACAGUUGCUUCCUUUAAAAUCAGUUAGCAAAGCACAGACGGAUGCACAUCCAAUUCUGAAAAAGUUUAUGUUAGCCUAGUGCCAUUGAGUGGAUCUCAUAGUCUGUCUCUGCCCUGUGAUUUCAUGCAUACUCAAGUGUAUGACUGCAAAUUUUGUUUUUUGCUCAGGUUGAAUAAAUAAACAGUCAAAUUCA